AUGAGUGGUAUUGGCAAGACAACUCUUGCUCAAUUAGUUUACAACGAUGAUAGAGUGGACGAGCAUUUCGAUUUGAGAAUUUGGAUGUUUGUAUCUGAUCAUUUUGAUGCAGUGAGGGUGACAAAAACAAUUCUGGAGUCAGUGAGUACAGAAAAAGUAGAUCUUGAUGACUUGAAUCUACUUCAAGUUUGUUUGAAAGAAAAAUUGGCUGGAAAGAGAUUCUUGCUUGUUUUGGAUGAUGUUUGGAACAAGAGAAAUAAUGAUUGGGAUCUCUUGUGGAUUCCAUUGAAAUCAGGAAAAAGUGGAAGCAAGAUAAUAGUAACAACACAGAAUAGUGAUGUUGCAUCAAGCAUGGGUACAGUUCGAGCUCACAAUUUAAGAGGUUUGUCAUUUGAAGAUUGUUGGUUAUUGUUCAGGAGUCAAGCAUUUGAGAAUAGAAUCGUAGAUGUUAAUUUUGAGGCUAUCGGUAAGGAGAUUGUCAAAAGGUGUGAUGGCUUGCCCUUGGCAGUGAAAAGAUUUGGAAUCCUAUUGCAUCCUAGAAUGGAAGAAGAUGAAUGGAAAGACAUAUUGAGUAGGAAAAUAUGGGAUCUACCAGAUGAUGAAAGUAACAUCCUUCAAACUUUAAGAUUAAGCUACAAUCACCUUCCUGCACAUCUGAAGCCGUGUUUUGCAUAUUGUUCCUUGUUCCCAAUGGAAUUUGAAUUUGACAGGGAUUCAGUUGUUUUGUUAUGGAUGGCAGAAGGUUUUCUUGAGCAACCUAAAGGAAAUAAAAAAUUGGAAGCUGUUGGCUGUGAGUAUUUUCAGGAGCUGGUAUCCAGAUCAUUCUUUCAACAAUCAAUUCAUGAUACAUCACGAUUUAUAAUGCACAACCUCAUGAAAGAGCUAGCUCAAUUUGUUUAUGGAGAAUUUUGUUUCAGGUUGGAGGAUAAGAUAAAGGAGAGUGAAGCGUUUGAGAAGGCUCGUCAUUCUUCAUAUAUUCGUCAUCAGCGUGAGGUAAAUACAAGGUUUGAGUCCUUCAGCAGACUUGAGUACUUACGCACCUUCCUUUCAUUUGAUCCAACUGAUGGAAUUGGAGUCAGCUAUUUGGCUAAUAAAGUUCCUUGUGAUCUGCUGCCAAGGUUACGAUAUCUACGAGUGUUGUCUUUCAAUGCCUGUCGUAUUACUGAAUUGCCAGAUACAAUAGGAAAUUUAAAACAUCUACGUUAUCUGGACCUUUCUCGCACUGCAAUUGAAAGGUUGCCUGAUUCAAUAAGUUUGCUUUGCAAUUUACAAACUUUGUUAUUAGUGGAAUGCCGCUCUCUCACUAAGUUGCCAGAAGAGAUGGGGAACCUAACAAGCCUACGUCAUCUUCAUAUUACUGGAAGCAGAUUAAAAGAGAUGCCACCGGGAAUGUGUAGACUGAAGAAUCUCCAGACCUUGUCUAAGUUUAUGGUGCGCAGAGACAGUGGAUGGGGAAUUAGAGACUUGAGGGACAUGCUGCAACUUAAGGGAUCACUUCUCAUUUCUGGACUACAGAAUGUU